GCAAAGCCUAGCACUGGUGGGUAUUGUGUCAACGUUUGUCAGGAUGGGUCUUUUGCAAGGUGUGUUAGUGUUGGUUGUGAUUGUGGCAUUUGACUUGAGGAGUGCAUGGGGAAGUUUGAGACACCGUCAAAGUCCAAGCAGCAUGAAGCCGCAAUCAGAUCCAGCUUCCAGAGGUCCUGCUCUUUCUUCUCAAGGGGUCUUGAAUCCUUUACAAAAGGCUUCUCAGUUUCAGAGUCUGGACUCCAGAAGAUUUGUGCAAGAGCCUCUUGGUUUUCAGGAGAAGCAGCUGUUGCAGGGUCCAGUCAAGCCUUUGGAUUGGAGCUUUCCCAUCGUUCCAGAGGUGCAAAGUGAGUUAGCGGUGGACUUCCAGUUGAGGCAACCUGUGACUCCCAGUAGUGUGGCUGUUCAAUGCGGUGAGAACCGUGUUCUUGUGGAGGUAAAGAAGGAUUUGUUUAGCAAUGGUCAACUGAUCCAGCCAUCUGGUUUGUCUAUGGGAGGCUGUCCUGUUGUCGGUGAGGACUCUACCUCUCGGGUGCUCAACUUUGAAUAUGAACUACAGGACUGCAACAAUCUCUUACAGAUGACUGAGGAUGAGCUUGUCUACACCUUUGCUCUUACCUACCCUCCUGAGGCGUUUGCUGGAACUCCGAUUUCCCGUGCCAAUCGUGCAGUUGUUGGCGUUCAAUGCCACUAUCAAAGGUUCUAUAAUGUGAGCAGUAAUGCUUUGAGGCCAACUUGGGUCCCUUAUACCUCAACGGAGUUUGGCGAGGAAGUCUUGAUGUUCUCCCUGAAGCUCAUGAUGGAUGACUGGUCCUAUCAGAGGCCUUCAAACUUGUACUUCCUGGGUGACGUUAUUAAUAUUGAGGCAUCUGUGAAGGUGUACAACCACGUCCCACUGCGUGUGUUUGUGGACAGCUGUGUGGCCACCCAAGUACCUGAUGUGACUGCUCAUCCGAGAUAUUCCUUCAUUGAGAAUCAUGGGUGCUUUGUGGAUGCCAAGGCUACGGCUUCCAGCUCCCGCUUCAUGCCUCGAACCCAGGAAGACCAGAUCCGGUUCCAGCUGGAGGCCUUCAUGUUCCAGGGAGGAUACAGUCCUUCUAUCUACAUAACGUGUAUUGUGAAGGCCACUCUUGCUUCUGCACCCAGUGAUGCGCGCCGCAAAUCCUGUUCCUUUUCCAUUGGGUGGCUUGCUGCUGAUGGGAACCACCAGGCUUGUGGUUGCUGUGACUCCACAUGUGGUCCUGAUGGAGGAAAUGCUGCUCCUUUUGGGGGCGUUCAGUGGGAAGGCAAUGCCUCACUCGGUCCUGUAAUGGUUCAAGAGCGACAGAAGACUUUAGCUGGUUUUCAAUAAAUGGAGAAACCUUU